AUGCGCGACCUGUCUAAGUUCAAGAGAGCGCCAGGGGGCAAACGGGCUCCCUGGCUAUUGAAGUUCCGGUCUUCGACUGGGUUCAUCAUCGGUGCGGUUUGGAUGUCCACUUUCACGGAGUUUCUCCUGUAUGCGAUGAUAGUUCCCGUUAUGCCGACAGCACUCGUAACUCGAGCUGGAGUCGACUACAGCCACCGGGAGUAUUGGGUCAGUGUGCUUCUCAUGUCCGAAGCCGGCACGUCCCUGCUCCUAUGUCCCGUGUUCGGCUACCUGGUUGACCGACGCCGCACCCGUCGACUGCCCUUCAUAGGCGCCUUGGUCGUGUUGACUGCCUGCAUGAUCAUUCUGCAGCUGGCACACUCCGUGGCUGGGUUUGUUGCGGCGCGUCUCCUUCAAGGUGUUGCAGGCGCUUUAGUAGUGGUAGCCGCCUUUGCUCUCAUCGGCGACGCCGUGCCCCACGAUCGCCUCGGCCGGACAAUAGGUUAUCUGGGCUCGGCAAUCGCUUCAGGCUUCUUACUAGGCCCGUUUCUCGGCGGUAUUGUGUAUAACGCCGGUGGCUAUGACGCCGUCUUCUGGUUUGCAUACCCCAUUCUCGCGCUAGACAUGGUAAUGCGGCUGGUAUUGAUCGAGAAGAAGGUCGCUGCUCAAUGGACCGGAGAAUCAACUGGAGACCUGGAGCCUGAUCUGGAUACGGCGCAGCGCAUCCCCUAUACCGGCCGGUGCGAGCCACGGCCAAUCCAGAGACGGAAAGGAUUCGUCAUUUUCCGGAUGCUCAAGGAGCGUCGGGUGUUGAUUUCCUCGUGGGCGUUGCUAGUACAGGGACUCUUACUCUCUGCCUUUGAUGCGACACUCCCCAUCUUCGUCGAAACAACGUUCGGCUGGAACGCCCUCGGCAUGGGGCUGAUAUUUCUCCCAAUGGCCAUCCCGGCCUUCCUCGAGCCGAUGUUCGGUUUAAUCACCGAUCGCUUCGGCGCACGCUUCAUGUCCUUCGGUUGCUUUGUUUGCCUCUCGCCUACUCUCAUCUGCCUCCGAUUCGUCGAGCGGAAGUCAAAUGAACAGAUUGCCCUAUUGGUGUCGCUGCUUUUCCUCACGGGGAUCUUCAUCCACGCCUGUGCACCUGCCAUGUACGUUGAGACGCAGUCCGCUCUCACAGCGAUGGAGCUCAGGACCCCCGGGAUACUCGGUCCCAAGGGCGCCGUGGCGCAGGGAUUCGGACUGCAGAGCAUGUGCCAGUUCGCCGGGAUAUUCUUUGGACCGCUCUGGGGAGGAUUCGUCGAGUUUCGGUUUGGGUGGGGCACUAUGGUGGGCACUUUGGGGGUUUUGGCUGCGCUCACGGCACUUCCGAUGUUCUGGCUGGGGGAAACGGAGGAGGAGAGGGCUUUAAUGAGUUGA